AGUGGAAUGAAGACACGCCGCGAAUACGAAUGCCAUAAUGAACACCAAAACAAAUCAUGAAUUUACUUCUAAUUCAUAUAACGGAGGUAUGAUGGGAAGUGAUAGUCCAGCUGCGUUAUUAGAUAUGCUUGCAGAAGUUGCAUCUCAAACAUUGCACUCAGAAAAAAAACAUAGUAAAUCAUUAUUACCAUCACAAUGCAAGUCAAAAACAAAUUGUGCGAAGAGAAAGGCUCAUGAAUUAUUCUUUAAUGUGCCACAGCUUUUAUCUAUGCCUGCAUCACAAUUAGUUAAACAGUUUUCUAUUUUUACAAGUGAUGAAUUAAAAAGGCAAUACUCAUAUACAUGUGCUCUUGUUAUUGGAUGUGGUCAAAAAUAUACUAGUUUUGCAAGUGAAGGAAGAGCAAGAAUGUCUAUCAAGGCACAUUUAGCAGAACAUUUAGAAUACUUAAAAACUAAUAAAGAAGCCUAUAAAACUUUUACUGCAAAGUCAGUAAGUUAUAAAAAUUAUAAAACAAGUCCUCAAAGUAAAAAAAGCAGGUUACAACAAUCACGAAAACCACAGGAAACAUUAAAUAAAGAAAAUAAGAAUGUUAUUACAGAAAAAUCUACAAAUUAUUUAAGAAAUAUUCUAUUAAAUGAUUCUACCUUUAAAGAAUUAGAUAAAAUCAAAAAUGUUGAAAAAAUAGAAAAUUCUAAAAAGUUACAUAAUUCUGAACAAAAAGACACAGACAGAAUGGAUUUUAAAGUUCUUGGUGAUCAUAGUUAUUUUGAACGUUUGAAAGAUGAAAUUCCUAAUAAGAAAGAAACACUAUCCUUCAAUAAUUCUCUUGAAAAUACAACAGAUGAUAAUAUUGUACUUAUGGUUGUUGGCACUGACAGUGUUCAUAUGAAAGAAUAUCCACGUAUUAAUAAGAAAAUGUCAGAAAAAAUCAAUCAGAAAUCUGAAGCAAUUUAUGUACCAGGGAUAUCAUGGUCAGCUGAAAAUGAUGAGAAAAGUACAGAAAUUAUAACUAGUAAACCCAAAGGAAAGGCAAAAUUUAUAGGUACUAGUAAAGAGGAAAGAGAAAUGGCAUUAGCUUUUAUGGAUCGUAUAAAGAAAAAAGGAAAUCCAACAGGUAGCAAUCUUGAAUGUCGAAUUUGUAAUCCACCACGAAGCUUUACAGCACCUACAACAUUGGUGUCUCACUAUCGCAGUCAUGCUGGAAUAAAACCAUAUGAAUGUCGUAUAUGUAGAGCAGUUUUUACAAGAAGGCAUAGCUUAAAAUACCACAUGCUAAUUCAUCAAAAUCAAACGCGAUUCACAUGUGCUGACUGUGGAAAAAAAUUUAGACAUCCAUCGCACUUUAGAGAACAUCGACGUAGACAUACCGGAGAAGCACCAUUCGGAUGCGAUGAUUGUGGACAACGAUUUAAAACUAGAAAUACUUACAAACGACAUUUAAAAACGAGGCAUGGAAAAGUUCUAACAACUACUGGAGAGUUGUUAUAUCUUUCAGAAGAAGAUUUUCAGAAAGUUCGUACCAACAGGAAAAAAAAGAAUAACGCAAAUAAAGAUCAUAUAAUAGAUGAGGGUGUAAUUGCAACAAAAACAAUAAUAAAUUGUCAAAAUGAUAAUGAUCAACUGCAAAAUACUGCAACUGAGGAAUACAUUAUAAAUAAUGAUUCUAUUGGUAGUGAUAAAAAUUGGGAAUCAAGUGAUACAAUACAAAUUAUUAAAAAUUGUUUUGAAACUUAUGAGGUUUGUUCGGAAUCUCAUUUAAAUAAGACUGAAUCUGUAGAGACUGAAUUACCUAUAGAAAAUAGAAUUUCUAACAGAGAUGAAAAUAUUUUACCAGAUGAAUAUGCAGAUAAAGUGCAAGAUAAAUCGCCACAGUUGCAAAGUGCUUCUUAUAUUAAGUUAGAAAUAAUUAAAGAUGGAAAUAAUCAAAUUAUAUGUCAAGAUAACGCGUGUCAACCUGAAAUAAUUUAUCACAAUAUAAAUGAAACACCAUCAUAUAUCAAAGUAGAAUAUAGCAACUUAGUUGAUGAUACAGAAGAAGAGAACUUCAAAUUUUCAGAACAUCAAAUUAAAAAUCCCAUACAAAUAAUUAAUGGAACAGAAAAUUAUUUUAAUGAUGACUCCAAUAAUUCUAUAAGUGAACAAACAAAAUUAAUACAAGUAAAUAGGCAUGUUAAAACAAAGAAAGAAGAUAGCAAUAAACAUAUAAUCUUCACUCAGGAACAUAUAAAAUAUGAAAAAGGAAACAAUGAUAUUACUACCCUCAAUUGUAAGUCUCUUCAAGAAAUGGAAAGCCAUGAAGUAGCUGUGUCAGAAGAUUUAAUAGAUAUAAAUACCUUGCAAGAAAUUAAUCAAAUUACUAAUAAAACAACGAGUGCAGAUAUCAUAAUAAAUCAAAAUAAAGAUUGUCUAUUACAUGAAGACAAAAAAUUAGGUAAUUAUCAAGCAGUUAUUGCAAAUUUAAUAAAGAAUCGAGCAAUUACAUCUUCAAAUUAUGUUUCUGAAAAAGAUAAAUUAUUAUUAAAUCAAGCUGAACAAUGUUUAUACAUUCAUCAUGAACCAUUAACUAGUAUAAUAGUACAAAAUAAAUGCAUCAAUAUAUUUCCACAAACUCAAUCAAAAAUACAAUUAAAUAAAAAUAAAAAGUUUACAUUUUUGAAUAAACAUAUGCAAGCAAUUAAUGUAAAGCAAAAUGGUAAUCAAAAUACAAUUUUAUUAUUAGCUAAUAAUACAUUACAAAACAAUGUCUUUAAAAUAGAUGAAAAUAACACUGCCAAUAAUGAAAUUAAAAAACAAACAUUUGAAAAAAGUAAGUAA